ACACAGACCGUGGAUCCAUCAUCUGCAACUUCGCCAUCAACUACAGGAGCUGGCGCUGCAGUCACCGUUGCGACUGAUAAGUCCGGGCAGUUUACGGCUAUUGGUGAUGCUAUUUCAUAUGCCCAACACAAUGAUAUACCCACUGUCACUGUCCUGGCGGGAACAUACCCAGCCGUGACCGUCUCCGCUACGCCGUCUGUCGCAGUGAUCGGUCAAGGGAAAGACGUCGAUGAUUACUCAAAGAACAAGGUGGUGGUUUCGCAAGACAGUACUACCCUUGAUAUCACGGUGAAUGUGGAUGGCAUUACCUUUGAAAAUCUCAACUUUGUCAACACAGGGUCCGAUGACCCGGCGGUGAAUAUCAUGGGCAGCAAACUUGCAUUUUACGCCUGUCAAUUUAUUUCAGCUGGAAGCGUGGGAAUCGAAACGGGUCUUGGAGUCGGUAUCAUCGCGAACAGUUAUAUCGAAGCCCAGGAAACGGCUAUCGACGGCCAAGCAACACUGUACAUCUUCAGCACGGGCAUUGUGGUGGUAGCAGACUCGGCGGUUGUGGCGUACACAACAGGGACGGACUCCGGCGGUACACUAUACAACUCAACCAUUGUUUUCGAUCAAAGCACAGUAUCUCCCAAACCCGACGACAAGAGCGAUCGAGCAUACUUAGCGAAGGCAAAGGGGCUGGGGUCCGUGGCAGUCUAUCGAGGCUCUACUCUUGACGGAUUCAUAGCCGAGAGCGGAGUCUUUGUCGAUGAUAUUACCCAGGAUGGAAGUAACUUCUACGGCGAAUAUGGAGAUAAAGGAGCGGGAGCGUACGCCAGCAACAAAGAUACGAGAUCCAAAUAUGUGAAACUGCUGGACGACGCAACAAUCUCCCAAUUCGCCCUUGGAGCAGUGUUCGCAGGAGCAUACCCGGAUUUCGCCACGUCGGAUACAAGCUGGAUUGAUCCAACCGUUCUAUCUGAGAUCGAAAAGGCGGAUGGGACCAGCCCCACAACAACCGAUGAUGGAUCGGAUGGUUCAGAUGGUUCGGGAUCUUCAUCACCGUCUUCAACAAGCUCAACUGCACCCGAUUCAUCGUCACCGUCUUUUGUCGUGGUUCCCAGCGACCCAGCAAAAGGUCAAUAUACCAGUGUGCAAACAGCUAUCGCUGCACUCCCCGAUGAUGGCAAACCAUACACGAUUGAAAUCAAGAGUGGAGUAUACAAAGAGCAAGUCACCAUUACAAGGGACGGAAAAGUGACGCUUAUUGGUGAAACGUCAUUCAAGAACGACUUCAGCAAAAACACCGUCACAAUUGAGUACAACGAUGGUGUCCCCACGACAUCCAACAAUGAUGACAAAACACCUGUCAUCGAUGUAAAGGACUCGAAUGGCAAGACCGUGGUUGCAUUAUACAAUAUCGACUUCAAGAAUACCUCUCCCCAGAAAGAUGGCACAUCGGGACUUGCUGCAGGCUUCACGGGUCUGGUAGCCGCAUAUGGCUGUUCAUUCAUCGGUUACGAGCAGACUCUCUUUGCCAACAAAGGCACACAAGUACUUUCCAACAGCUACAUCGAAGGCUCAAUUGAUUAUAUCUGGGGUUCCUCUAUCGCAUACCUGCAUCAGUCGUUCAUUGCCACAAACACUCCCGGCAACUCUAUCGCCGCACAGGAUCGUUCGUCAGCAAAAGGAACUGGAGGAUUUGUGUUUGACGCCAGUGUCAUCACAUACACUACCUCUUACGGCACCACUUUUGGAAAGACCUUCCUUGGCAGACCUGCCGGGAAGUAUAGCACUGUUGUCUAUAUGAACUCCUUCUUGGAUAAGCUGAUCAGCCCCGUUGGCUGGAGUUCGGAGGGCGAGAGUACCGAUGAUGUAACAUUUGCCGAGUACAACAAUUCUGGACCGGGCAAAUGGGGCGAUGAGCGCGCGGAAUUUGCCAGCAAAUUGACUGAAGGAGCCGCUAAGGCUUACUCGUUGACAAAUUUUGUUGGCGAUACCUCUUGGAUUGAUAUGACUGCAUACAAUUACGUUCCGUCUUAUGAUCUAUCUUCCGGGACUGACGGUGCAUCUCCCGCAGCCCCAGGCUCUGCUGCGAAUCCCAGCGGAACUGAUGGUGCGUCUCCCACAGAUGAUGAUGAUCCCGCAACAGGAACAUCAACAACUACUCCAAGUGGAACUUCAGCGUCUAGUCCGAGUGGAACAGGCACAGCAGGACACCCAGCAAGUGGGACGAAGCCUCCGACUGGAGCAGUUCUGGUAUCCGUGUCGGGAACUGUCGACAACUCAUUUUCUUCUCUGACUGCUGCGCUCAAGUCGUUGCCAUCUGAUGACUCUGUUCAGAUCAUCUUCAUCUAUUCAGGAACCUACAAUGAAAAAGUACCAUCGAUCGAUAGACCAGGCCCGACAAAGAUUAUUGGGUACACAAAAGGAAAUCCAGGUCAAUCCUACUCGGACAAUACCGUCACAAUUACCUUCUCUAGCGGAGUUUCUUCACCCUCGGACUCAUCCAGCGCAGGGGAUCCAUCGAAUACAAGCGAUUCUGAUACGGCGACUAUUUCAACAAUUUCGAUUAAGAUCGCUUUCUACAACAUUGACAUCGUCAAUAGUGACAACUCCGACGGUUCAAAAGCAUCAUAUGCCGAUGUUGCUGCGUCCAUCUCGGGCUCAAAGAACGCAUUCUACGCCUGCAGCUUUAUGGGUUGGGAAGAAACGCUACUCACCAAUGGUGCGACUACCUUGCAAUACUACGAAUCAUCCUACAUUGAAGGUGCUGUGGAUUCAAUCUCGGGACCUGCAACCGCAUACUUUAAGGGAUGUACACUCGGCGCUAAGAUGAAGGGUGGAGCUUUCACAGCACAGAACCGACCAUCCAAAGAUGCCGGAGGUUAUGUUUUCGACCAAUGCCUUUUCGAAAAAGCUCCGUCUUCUACAGCUGAUCUCACUGGCUCUGUAUUUUUGGGACGCCCAGGAUCGGAGUACGCCCUUGUUGUGGUCAAGAUGUCUUAUUUGACUGAUGUUAUAAACCCAUCAGGGUGGACAGAAUGGUCGUCUACUGACCCUCGAACUGAUCACGUCACCUUUGCCGAGUUUAAAAAUACUGGACCUGGAAAUUGGGAGAACAAUGCGGCGGCCAGGAAGGCCCUGGGAUAUGCUACCCUCCUUACUUCGGAUACCUACACCCUAGGCGACGUCAUGGAUUCAACGGACUGGAUUGACAUGACCUAUUUCGAUUCGAUAACCACGCCGACCCCCAAAGGAGGCGAUGAUACCCCAUCUCCGGGGAGUCCGAGUGCUACCACAGAUAGCACAACACCCCCGGAUGGUGCAUUCAUUGUUUCCAAAACAAGCAUUGCUGGAAAGACAACAUACGAUAUGAUCGGAAGCGCUCUUGAUGCUUUGCCGACUUCACAAACGUCUUCAUCAACCAUUUUUAUUUAUCCUGGCACAUAUGAUGAGCAGAUCAAGGUCACAAACCCAGGUACUGUGAUUCUUGUUGGUUAUUCAGAGUCCCCGACAGACAAUGAGAAGAAUCAAGUCACAAUAGAAAACAAUAAAGCGGGCGAUCCCACCUCGGACAGCUCACUAAUUGACAGUGCCACUUUGCUUUCAGCGGGAGGCAACUUGCAAGUGCUGAACAUCAAUGUCGCGAACACCAACGGUGGCGAGAAUGAUGCAUCAGUAGCACUUGCUGUUGCAUCAGCCAAAUAUGCAAGCAUUUACGCGUGCAGAGUCAUUGGCAGUCGGAAUGCUUUGGUGGUCAAUGGGUUCUUCUUUGCUGCGAACAGUUACAUUGAGGGCAGUAUGGAUAUGAUCUCUGGAGGUGGCGCAGGCUACUUCCUCAAUUCCACCAUAUCUCCCAGUGACGAUGACAUCAGCAUCACAGCAGAUAAGCGUGCAUCUAGCUCUACACCAGGCGGGCUUGUCUUUGAUCAGUCCAAAGUAACUCCUGUUGGUGGCGCUGGGGCAAUGGUGGAGAUAUCACUUGGCAGACCGCAAAACUCCAAUGCACGAGUUGCCUAUAUUGAUACGCAUCUAGGGUCCUGCAUAGAGCCCAAAGGAUGGGAGAAAUGGUCAGAUGCUAGCCCGAGGACGGAUGGUGUUCUAUUUGGUGAAUUUGGAAAUGACGGUCCAGGCUCUGAUACCUCCCGGCGAGUAUCCUUCGCUACCAAGCUGGACAAGACAUCCGUUGUGCAAUUUGAGAUUGCGAAUUUCUUCGACAGCCUAUCGUGGAUUGAUUUUACACAUGUUGUCGGAAAGCCAUUUAGUGCUGACCCGGAUUCGGCCUCUUCCUCGGCGGAUCCAUCUGGUACCGGAGGGUCUACAUCGACAGCACCCGCAGAUGGGUCGGGGUCUUCCACAAGCUCACCAGAUUCAGCAUCCUCGGCAGCGGAUCCAUCUGGUACUGGGGGCUCUGCAUCGACAGCACCCCCAGAUGGAUCGGGGUCUUCCACAAGCUCACCAGAUUCAGCAUCCUCGGCAGCGGAUCCAUCUGGUACUGGGGGCUCUGCAUCGACAGCACCGGCAGAUGGAUCGGGGUCUUCCACAAGCUCACCAGAUUCAGCAUCCUCGGCAGCGGAUCCGUCUGGUACUGGGGGCUCUGCAUCGACAGCACCGGCAGAUGGAUCGGGGUCUUCCACAAGCUCACCAGAUUCAGCAUCCUCGGCAGCGGAUCCGUCUGGUACUGGGGGCUCUGCAUCGACAGCACCGGCAGAUGGAUCGGGCUCUUCCACAAGCUCCCCAGAUUCAGCAUCCUCGGCAGCGGAUCCGUCUGGUACUGGCGGCUCUGCAUCGACAGCACCCCCAGAUGGUGCAGGCUCUUCUUCAAGUUCGUCUGGUUCAGGGUCCUCGUCGACAGAUGCAUCCGGUAACGGGGGGCCUGCUUCAACAACGCCCACAGAUGGAUCGGGCUCUUCUCCGAGCUCAACAGAUCCUGCGGGCUCAGGAGGGUCUUCAACAACAGACUCAGCAGACCCCGAUGAACCAGAUGCCUCUCCUGCAGCCUCAUCAGCGACAAAUUCCAUUACCACCAGUACAAUUGUCGUCACAACGACUACAUCAACGACCGUCACAGAUGCAAAAGCGACCUCAACAAAGACCGAAACGAACACCCUUGGCCCAGAUUCUACUAUCACCCCCCCUCCUGUCAUUGAAAUCAGUACACAAGAUGGACAAAGCACUGUUACCGAAACAGAGACUAGUGCAGACUCUACCAAGACUGUGCAAAGUACCAUGACCGUCACAAAUACUGUCAAUGAAGCAUCACAAAAGGCAACAUACACUCGAAUUGUCACAAUAACAACGACUAUAACAUCAACUCCACAGCCUUCGAAAACAACUACAACGAUUACCUCUGGUGCCGGGGAUACAGUCACAAAGACUGGGAAAGCCACAACUUCAACGACGACCGUGACUUCAGGCACGACGAAGACGGAGAGCACAACAACAACAGUCACUUGUAUCCCGGCCAGAAAGAUGAAAAGAAGUCUCCUCCCGCCUCGGUCCAAUCCUGCUACCAAGCUCGCUCAUCCUACUCAGAACACUACAGAAGCUGUUAUAACAGUGAUGGCAUUCUCUCAUCCUCUUGAACGGGGUCGUAGCAUCACAACGACGAGCAUACGCCAUGACAAGGUGACCAUCUCAUUUGUGACAUCAACUGCUACGAAGACAAACACUGCCACCGUGACUGCAGAUACUGCCACUGUUACAGUCACCAAGAUAGCUGGUGAUCCAGUAACUUUAGACCCAGAAACUUCGACAACAACUGUCAACUCGCUGUCGCCAACGACAUCCACCACGACUGUGACGACCUCUGUACAAACAACCACAGAUAUAACAACCACCACUGUUGACUCCAUGGUCGGACCAGCUCCCUCAACAGUGAUUCUUGUAGUCGAGACGGAAGUAGCUACAGCCACGGUUUCUCUACCGGCAGCUACCUCGACAAAGACCGAGACCACUACUGACACCAACGCUCCUUCAGCGACUGUCACCUCUACCCCCACAUCUACGAAGACCAAGACUGUCACGACCACGGCUACCACCACUAGUACAGUCACUUCAACCGCAAAGGAUGCCACAACCUGUACAUCUUGA